UGCUCGCCUGCGCACCCCAAGCCGGCGGCGUACGCGCCCCUCCUCCACUGCAUUAGGGAAGAGGGCCGUCUGCCCUUCCUUCCUGAAGGUGGAGGGAACAACACUGGCUACCACGGGAAGCCCAAGACCCUAGGAGUGAUUCUCCCAAGCAGCAGCUGGGCGAAAGGAAAGAGAAACGGCUUCCUAGGAUUCCCAUCUCACACCCACACUUUCCCUUACCCCGGAAGUGAUUACCUUCCUCCUCCUCUCCUUCUACGGUUGAGAGGGGAGGAGAAGGACGGUCGAGUCUGGCCCGGCAUGCCCUGGGCUUCCGGUGACCUCUGGCCCUUUUCUGUCGUCCGCUCUCGCUGCCUGGCGUGCUCGCUCGCUCAUUGCCUUCCUUCCCUCCAUCUGGUCUCCUUUCGCACGCUCCGUAGUGACUGUGGCGCCCGCGACUGGCAGGGAGGCGGUGGCGGAGGACACUCGUCAUGGCCGCCUCUAAGCCUGUGGAGGCGGCGGUGGUCGCAGCGGCUGCACCCAGCUCUGGGAGUGGGGUGGGCGGCGGCGGCGGCGGGACUGCGGGCCCGGGAACAGGGGGCCUGCCGCGAUGGCAGCUGGCGCUGGCUGUCGGGGCGCCCCUGCUGCUGGGCGCGGGUGCCAUGUACCUGUGGAACCGACAGCGGCGGCGCCGGGAGACCGGAGGCCGGGGCGACACCAGCGGCUUGAAGCGCAACAGCGAGCGGAAGACCCCGGAGGGUAGGGCCAGUCCGGCCCCGGGCAGCGGACACCCCGAAGGUGCCGGUGCUCACCUGGAAAUGAACUCUCUUGAUAGAGCUCAAGCAGCCAAGAACAAAGGCAAUAAAUAUUUUAAAGCAGGAAAAUAUGAACAAGCUAUUCAGUGCUAUACUGAGGCUAUUAGUUUGUGCCCUACAGAGAAGAAUGUCGACCUUUCCACAUUUUAUCAGAACAGAGCUGCUGCCUUUGAACAGUUGCAAAAAUGGAAAGAGGUGGCACAAGAUUGUACAAAGGCUGUUGAACUUAAUCCCAAAUAUGUGAAAGCUCUCUUUAGACGUGCAAAAGCCCAUGAAAAGCUAGAUAAUAAGAAGGAAUGUUUAGAAGAUGUCACUGCUGUGUGUAUAUUAGAAGGGUUCCAAAAUCAACAAAGCAUGCUAUUAGCCGAUAAAGUUCUUAAACUUCUUGGAAAAGAGAAAGCCAAAGAAAAAUACAAGAAUCGUGAACCUCUGAUGCCAUCUCCACAGUUUAUCAAAUCAUACUUCAGUUCUUUCACGGAUGAUAUCAUUUCUCAGCCCAUGCUUAAAGGAGAAAAGUCUGAUGAAGAUAAAGACAAGGAAGGAGAAGCUUUAGAAGUGAAAGAAAAUUCUGGAUAUUUAAAGGCCAAACAGUAUAUGGAAGAAGAAAACUAUGAUAAAAUCAUAAGUGAAUGCUCAAAAGAAAUCGAUGCUCAAGGCAAAUACAUGGCAGAAGCAUUAUUACUGCGAGCCACCUUCUACCUGCUUAUUGGCAAUGCCAAUGCAGCCAAACCAGAUUUAGAUAAGGUCAUCAGUUUGAAAGAAGCUAAUGUGAAGCUUCGAGCAAAUGCUCUCAUCAAAAGAGGCAGCAUGUACAUGCAGCAGCAGCAGCCUUUGCUGUCUACUCAGGAUUUUAACAUGGCUGCUGACAUUGAUCCUCAGAAUGCAGAUGUUUAUCACCACCGAGGGCAGCUGAAAAUACUGCUUGAUCAAGUUGAAGAAGCAGUGGCAGAUUUUGAUGAAUGUAUUAGGUUAAGACCUGAGUCUGCUCUGGCACAAGCUCAGAAAUGUUUUGCAUUGUAUCGCCAGGCAUAUACGGGAAACAAUUCUUCACAAAUCCAAGGAGCUCUGAAAGGUUUUGAAGAGGUCAUAAAGAAGUUUCCGAAGUGUGCUGAAGGCUAUGCACUAUAUGCCCAGGCAUUAACAGAUCAACAACAGUUUGGUAAAGCUGAUGAAAUGUAUGAUAAAUGUAUUGAUUUGGAACCAGAUAAUGCCACAACAUAUGUGCAUAAAGGUUUACUUCAACUUCAGUGGAAGCAAGAUCUGGACAGAGGUUUGGAACUUAUCAGCAAGGCUAUUGAAAUUGACAAUAAAUGUGAUUUUGCAUAUGAAACCAUGGGAACUAUUGAAGUACAAAGAGGAAACAUGGAGAAAGCCAUUGACAUGUUCAACAAAGCUAUUAACCUGGCCAAAUCAGAAAUGGAGAUGGCCCAUCUGUAUUCACUUUGUGAUGCUGCCCACGCCCAGACAGAAGUUGCAAAGAAAUAUGGAUUAAAACCACCAACAUUAUAAAACAGGAGGAAAGGAGACUGACCCUAUUUUUAAAAGAAGUUUACCCCCUCUCUUCAACUGAACCCUAAAGACACUGUCAUGAACUGUGUUGAAUGGUGGAACUUAGUGUUUCAGUUUGUGGUGUUGUCAUUUGUUACAUCUGUUUCAUGUUUAGGUGUUGUGGGUGUGGCUGUUGAAGGAAGUUUGCGUCUUGCAGCUUUUAUUCCCUGUGCAACAAAAGCUUAGAACCUGUUAACGGGAUAUUAAAAUAAAGUUGCAAAGAGUACAAAUGAUAAUUGGCCAUGCAAAUAAAAACUUUGAUUUGUUGAUUUGUUUUUUUUUUAUGGGGGGGCAGAUAUGAUUAUGAUUAUGUUCUGGAUGCUUUUGUCUUUAUAUAUGUGUAUAUAAUAUGAGUAUUUUACAGCAUGUUGGUUUUUAAAUUAACACAGUAAGUGCUGUAAAACAGAUGUCUUUUAUAUUCAAUCCGUUUUAGUUGAUUUUUUGGGGAUUGAAGUAAAAUUGAGUGACCCUUUAAACCAUUGUCCGCAUGCACAAUGCCUCUGAUUCUGCAGAACUUUAGGAACUUAGUGGCAACUGUUAAUCCUCUUGACCCCCUUCCACUCUAAUGGAUAAUGUACAUCAUUCUUCAAGUCCACAACAGCUGGUUUUCAUAUGGUAAAUUAUGCAGAAGUAAAAUAUUCGGAUUGAUAUAUGUGCUGGAAGACUGAGUAUUGAUGGGGGAGUGGACCCGGCAAAGAGGUAAGAUGAAACAGAAGUGUGUUUCUAAUUGUCCAUGACUGUAAUAAGUACAACUAUUUAAUAGUGUACUUUUUAAAGAAAGUGCAGGUUGUUGUAUAACCCAAAUAAAGAUGUGUGAUAUAUGGGAGUAUUUAAUUAGCUUAAAAUUUCUAAUGAAGAAAAUGUGGCUAAACAUUCAGAAAGGAUGUAGGUCUUGGAGCCAGAGCAUAGUAUUUCCUGAUACGACGAGUUCAGUGCUUCAGCUACGGCUACAUGUGCUUAAGGAAUUUUGAGCCAGUACUUUCCAAGAUGCUGAAGACAUGCAGAGUGCUUUUUAGUACUGAGCUAACCUUGAUCUCUAAGGACUAAUUGCCUAUGUCCAGGUCUUCACUAGGGAUAGUGACAACAGAUUUUUGUUUUGUUGAUUUUAUCUUUAUUCCACCUCUUUACUUAGAAAUAACUUUAAGAUUUAUUUCCAAUUGUCACUUUUAUAAACCAUCAUUGUGCUUACAUGCUGGAUUUUUCUGGUGGGAGAAGGGUUGUGUUCUUAAGGGUGGCUUAUUUUGAGAUAUUCAAGAUGGGGAGAGGUUUAAGACUUAAUAAAAGAGCAAGCUUUCAGUUAUACCUUUCUGGAAAUCUAAUUAUAGUUACAUUGUUGAGAGUAAAGGAGCAUUUUUAUCCCUCUUUAAAAGGGUGCUUCAUCCUGUUGAAACCAAAAAGAUUUUGUCUACAAAUGCUAUCUUUUAGAAUCUAUUAGAAAGGACUCCCUUCCAAAGUCAGUAUUUGGAAAAUAUAGAGGAGGCCUCUAAUUAGUGGGAGCAGUUAACAUAAUUUAAGACAAUUUGGAUAAUGGAAAGUUUGAGAACUCUGCAUUUUGUUCUUAAAUUUGCACCUAUUAUAAUGACCCCUGAAUACAGAAAUGUUCUACAUCUCUGAAUGUCCUCUGACUUAAAAAAGAAAAGUUUUUAUUUGCAUGGCUAUAUUCACAUUAAUAUUGACGUCUUCUACUCUUCUCCCUUCCUUCUCCUUGGGGUUGGGUAGAAAAACACAAAGGAAACUGAAGCAUGUACCGUUCAGUACUAUCAUUCCAAAUUCUCUCAGACUCUUGCCUGUUGUGAAAAUAUUUGAAACUGCACUGAAAGCUGCAUCUGUCUGUAUCUUUUCUUUUGUAAAUGACCUCACAUGUAAAUGCACCAAAUAAAUAUUCCAUUCAA